AUAAUUUCCAUAGUCGAUUAAUCUCCAAGCAUAUAUUUUAUCAUAUUUUCUUAGUUUUUCUACCUCAGUUUUUCUUAAAUUAUGAGACAGUGGUACGGCGAUGUCGAUAAUAGUUGCGUUUUUUUUCCUUUUUAUCAACGAACAGAAGAUCUACCGUUUUGUCGGUCAGAAUAGGCCCAUCCAGGUACAGCAGAUGUUCAGUAGACUCGAGAACCUCUUGUGGCGAGUAUUAAUAAUAAGGAGGAGUGUCCUUAACGAUCAAAUUGUAUGUCAAAGCCAAGUGUUGGUGCAUUAGCUUUGCAACUUGGUUAUGGCGACAAAGGGUAGGCUGAUUCUGUUGGUGAGUGUCAGUCCAUUUGAUGACAUCGAACAUGUAAAGGAGCACUGGGACGGCCCAGCUGUUAAUUGCAGUGAUCAGGUUACUGCCAUACAGUUUGGUGUUGAGGAUUUUAUUUACUCUCUGCUUAUAUUUACCAAGAAAGUCCUCUUUUAAUUUUUUAUGGUUUAUCGUGGCAUUCUGGUUUAUUCCAAGAUAUUUAUAAAGAGAGUCCAAUUCCUCGAUGCCGUCCAACACAAUGUUAGUGUUAGCUGCCUUGCCUUUUAAUGCUUAUGAUGCCGCACUUAUCCAAGCCAAAAGACAUACAGAUAUCGUCACUAAAGCGUUUUACCGUUUUGAUUAAGAGCUCUACGUUUUACACUCCGUGGGAACGACAAUGGCUUUCAUUAUCUCUAAUUUAUUCUCUUUAAUAUUUCGGAGACCUAAAUAUGCCGAGAACAACCAAGAAAAGGAUGCUGUUGAUAGAACACACAUAUAUACGAUAGAAAAACACGAAGAUGAUGUAUACGAACAUUCGGCAGAGGCAGUAGCAUUGACUGAACCCACUGAGUCAACACAUAAUAAGAAAAAAUGGAAUUAUGAAUUAAACGACAAAAUAUUGACAGAGGCGUCAAAUAAACACUUUGAGCAAAAACAAGAAAACAAUAUAUCUAGUGAGGACAAUUUGAAAGACAAUGAAUUGUCAGAGGCGUCGACUACAAACAGUGAGCCAACGAAAGAUAAUUACAUACAAAGUGAGGACAAUAAUCUGAAAGACGAUGCAUUGCCAGAGGCGUCGACUACAAACAGUGAACCAACGCAGGACAAAAAGAUACCUAAUGAGGGCAAUGAUUUGAAAGACAAUGAACUGUCAGAGGCGUCGACUGCAAAAAGUGAGCCAAUGAAGUACAAUAACAUACCUAGUGAGGACAAUGAAUUGGAAGACAAUGAAUUGUCAGAGGCGUCGACAGCAAAAUGUAAGCCAACGCAGGACAAUAAUAUGCCUAAUGAGGACAAUGAUUUGAAAGACAAUGAAUUGUCAUAGGCGUCGAAUGCAAAACGUGAGCCAACGCAGGAUAAUAACAUACCUAGUGAGGGCAAUGAUUUGAAAGACAAUGAAUUGUCAGAGGCGUCGACUGAAUACAGUGAGCCAACACAGGACAAUAACAUACCUAGUGAAGACAAUGAAUUGUCAGAGGCGUCGACAGCAAAAUGUGAGCCAACGCAGGACAAUAAUAUGCCUAAUGAGGACAAUGAUUUGAAAGACAAUGAAUUGUCAGAGGCGUCAACUGCAAAACGUGAGCCAACGCAGGAUAAUAACAUACAUAGUGAGGGCAAUGAUUUGAAAGACAAUGAAAUGUCAGAGGCGUCGACUGCAAAAUGUGAGCCAACGCAGGACAAUAAUAUGCCUAAUGAGGACAAUGAUUUGAAAGACAAUGAAUUGUCAGAGGCGUCGACUGCAAAACGUGAACCAACGCAGGACAAUAACAUGCCUAAUGAGGACAAGGAAUUGGAAGACAAUGUAUUGCCAGAGGCGUUGACAGCAAUAAAUGAGCCAACGCAGGACAAUAACAUGCCUAAUGAGGACAAGGAAUUGGAAGACAAUGUAUUGCCAGAGGCGUUGACUGCAAAAAGUGAGCCAACGCAGGACAAUAACAUGCCUAAUGAGGACAAUGAUUUGAAAGACAAUGAAUUGUCAGAGGCGUCGACUGCAAAACAAGAGCCAACACAGGACAAUAACAUACCUAGUGAGAACUAUGAUUGGAAAGACAAUGUAUUGUCAGAGGCGUCGACUUCAAAAAGUGAGACAAUGCAGGACAAUAACAUACCUAUUGAGGACAAUGGUUUGAAAGACAAUGAAUUGUCAGAGGCGUCGACUGCAAAACGUGAGCCAAGACAAGUUAGCAGCAUAUCAAGCGGCGAUAAUCAUCAUGAAGACUUUAGCAGUGCUAGAAAUAUUGAUAUUGAACCCAAAAAUCAAGAUCAAGAUGAUCCCGAAGACAAUGCACAAAUCGCUCAACAUGAAACGCACAAAAAAGAUGAUGCUUUUGUUGGGGACGAAGAUUUGUAUUUUGAUUGUCCAGAAAUUAUUCCGCUAAAUGAACAAAACUCAUCUUCUGGUGACAUGAACAAAAAUAAAAUAUCAGAAUAUACUGACAGUGAGGUAUUUUCAACAAACAAUGAUGCAGAUGAAAAAGAUUUAUUAGUUAAAAUAUAUGAAGAAGUCACAGAUUUAUCUAAGAAUGUGGCCAAGAUUGUCGAAAAUUCUGAAUUACAACCGAGCAUGCCUGUGAAUGAGAGCAGUGUGAACCAGUCGAUGGGAAACAACAUUUUUGUGGCUGGUAACACCACCUAUGUCUCUGGUGAAGGACAACAGCAGCAGGCAUCUUUUUCUUGCAACCCUGUAGUCUCAUCCUCGGCACCAUCGAUCAGUUUGACUAUCAACGCAAUCGGAUCUGGCAGCAGGGAAAGUGGUGGACUUAGACCUUACGAGCUACCAAGUCACGAAGCCUGUUCAAGCCCCGUUGGCAUACAGACUGUCACGCAAACGUACGUCGCAUCCCCAAGCACGCCAGGAGACUCCUCCCUGAUGCCACUUGAAGACAAUGAGGUUGUUGACAAAUCAAUAAGAACUGAAGCGGAACAGGUUGACAAUACCUUCGUGUGCUCUGUAUUAUGUCUGGGACCAGAAGACUGUUUCAAGUUAGACGAAUGCGAAAGCGUUAUAGUGAUUCUUGACACAUCUACAAAAAUGGCAUCCAUGGUUCCGCUGAAGUCAGCUGACGGUCAAGAUAUGCAGCUCACCAAACUUGAAAUGGUUCAAAGGGUGCUUGGAGAUGCAAUUCAACAAAUAUCUCUCUCCAGACCAGAGAAAAGGGUUACAAUUGUAACCUUUAAUAACAAGGUGACAGUGUGUAUAAAUGAAGAAAUAGAAACGAUAAACGACGAACCCAACAGCUCAGAAAAUUAUUGGCAAAUCGGCAGGAAUUUAAAAAUGAAAGAAAAUGUACAAACAAAUUUCAUGUUUUUGAGAGAAUGUAUUAACGGAUUGAAAUCCGAAGGGGAGUCCAGCAUGGCUACACCAGCACUUUCAAUUGCAUUAGGGCUGUUGCAAGAUUCAGGAAAUACAAACAUAAUUGUCGUCAUGGAUAAUGCCAAGGAAUUUUUCAACAACGUUUCAAACGAUGUUCACGCUGUCGUCUUAUCAAAACAAAUGUCUAUCCCGAUCAUAUCAUUUCAACCGUGCAAACAAGAUGAGGACAUCAAGGCUUGGACAGCUGCUCAAGACAAUGUUAUCAUCAACUCAUCCACUGGUUUCUUUACAGAUGUAAUGGACAAAGUAGGCGUCGUGUUAAAAGACGUACACACAGGGGGAAACAUCAACACAGAGCUAAAGUGUUCAGCGUCUUCAUUCAAUAAUGACAGUUUGGACAGUCGUAGAAAAGAACAACUGAAACCUAUUUGUAUUCAGAGAGUAACCCUAUUUGAAAAUAUGGAGGUCUGUUUAAAGUGGCAACUAAUUGUCUGUGCAGACAACGAAGCUGGAUACGACCUACGAUCAUUUUUAGAUGGAUUGAAAAAAUCUCUGGGUGAUUUGGAAACAGAUGUCGAGAAACUGAAUUCUCUAGCUCUGAAAACUGAAGAGAAAAUGAGUGUGACUGUCAUCGUUGAAGAAAAGUCUAAAGAGAUCCUAAAGAUGCUUUUUAUUAUUCUCAAUAGUUUACGAAAGCAUGAUUCACACUUGGGCUCAAGCUUAAAAGAACUUUGCGAGAAAACAAACAACAAUGUCUCCAAAGUUGAAGACACUCUACAGGAUAAUCUUGAAAGUAUCAAAAGUACUUUUGUUUUACUUGAGAAAGAAAUUUCCGAAAUGAGUAAUAACUCUCAGCAAAAUUUCAAUGAUAAAUUUGUGGAAUUGAAACAAGAGUUGUCUCAGGGGAUCGAAGUUAAGUUUAGUGAAACUAUGUCCGUCUUACAUCAAAAAUUUGCAGAGCAAGAGACUAAGUUACAAAAUGUGGAAAGUGCAAUUGAUGAGACGGUCAAGCGAUUAGAAAAAAUGAUGCUUCUUGCCGAGAAUGGAAACAGCCAAGAUCAGCAUUCUUCAUUUCUGCAAUUUGGAUCUCUUUUCAUACUUGCUAAACAAGGCGAUGCUGUAACAAAUACAAUAAAAAUCAACGUAGCAAAAAUUAUGGAGAAACCAAAGCGGGUCAUGACAAAAAUUUAUAGCAACAUGUGUGGGAAUUUAAGUUGCCAGGCAUUUUUCUCUCACAAUGAUGAAUGUCAACAACAAAUAAAUAAUUCGCAAUAUACUUGGAAAUGUCGAUUUUGUCACAGAGAGAAUUCCAUCCGGAAUCUGAUCCUGUUUUCACCUGACGAUCACGACAUUUCUUAUAUAGACACUUACAAUAUCAACACAAUGAACACGAUUGAAGAUUAUAAGAUCAUAUUUGUUAUAGAUAUCUCUGGGAGCAUGUCCGUCUCGGCAUCUGGCUUGGGUCUAAUUACUCGGUUGGACGCUGUUCGAGAGUCAGUCAAGAAAAAAAUUGAAGAGUUGACAAGAAGGUUUCCGAAAAGACGAAUUGGAUUGGUCACUUUUUGUGAUAAAGUAGCAAUUUAUGGCACGGACCGGGUUACGUGUAUAAAUAGCAACCUAGAAAACUGGAACUAUCUACUGGAUCAAGGAAGUACUAACUCCACCAUAAGACCCCUAGAGACUAACAACAGAAGUCUCAUAUCUACAUUAAAUAGUCUGAAGCCAGACUGCAAUACGGCUCUAGGACCUGCCAUCUUGGUGUCCCUUGGUAUGACGAAAGACUCACGUGGGUCUAAAAUUAUCGUCUGCACAGACGGAGAAAGCAAUGCUGGGAUAGGGAUGAUUGGCCAAUCAGACGCUCUUGAGUUUUAUAAUAAAGUAGCAACCCAAGCUAAAGUUCAAUCUGUUACAAUCUCCAUCAAUUCCUUUGAUGACUGCCAACUGUCAGUGAUAGAAAUCAUGGCCCGAGGAUCUGGUGGAACUGUGAGAAGAAUUUCACCUAGUGAUCUGUCUAUUCACAUGGCAGAAGACAUCAGCAAGAAACUUGUAGCUACUAACACUACUGUUAAAGUUGUGUUGCCAAGAGAAAUGUACGUUCAUGCCUCAGGAGAAACGAACACAUUUCAGAGUGCUGCUUCUAUUUCAGUUGGCAACAUUUCUGAUAACAAUAACCAUAUAAUGUGCUUUGAAUUUGGAUGCCGACCAGGAUUUUCAUUUAACAAUGUGAACUGGCCAAAGUCAGCAUCAGAGAAUUGCCUGGUACCGUUUCAAGUCCAAGUUAUGUAUCAGGAUAGCGAAGGAAAUAGCAUCACUCGCGUAUACAGCAUGUUACGUCAGAUGACUGAACGAUCGGAAGAUGCAAAACUCUGUAUGAAUGCACAAACCAUUGUGACGUGCUUGGUACAGAAAGCUGCCAAGGAACUUUUAAAGCAAAAUAGGGAUACCGGAGAAUGCAACAGAAUAGCUGACAGAUAUAUAUCGAAAGCUGAGAAGCUUAAGAAAGCCACUAAAAUAAAAUGCCGACCAGAACUUCUAUGCAAAUUGAACAUGUUUAUAUUAGUGCUUAACAAGAUCAAACAGUACCAACUGACGGAUGAAAUGUCAACACUUCUUUCAGAAAUGGCGACUAUCAACUGACGACAUUUUGAAUGAAUUUACUUCACUACAUUUUCAUCCAAUCAGAGAUAAUAGAACUUCGGAGUAGUGGGUGACAAAUCUGAACAUUUUCCAAUUCUCUAGUUCUUCAAUUGUUCUGUAACAGCUAUGAGAUUUCCUUUAAAGAAAUCCUGCCUUUAAAUUAGGCGUUACUAUUAUACACUGCUAAUUAAAAUUUGAAUUAAAAAAAAAGGUUUUAUAUUUUAAACCAUUUUAGCACAUCACAUUUCUAAUUGAAUGUUUUCUCUUUUUAAUUUAUAAUAUAACAAUGAAACCCUUGCAACAUUCUUUUUUUCAUUAAUUUCCUUUUAUACGUGGCUUAAAUGUAUUAGUAUGUUAGAAAUUUAUCGCGAAUACAAAAUAAUUUUAUUAUAUGAUUUUAAAAAAUACUAUCUAUAUCUAAUAUACUUCUCUCAAUACAUCUAUCGACAUCAUGUGAAACAAAACACUUAUCCUUUUCUUCGGAAUCGAAUACGUUGCCAUUAUUAAUAUUGUUAUCGACAUCAUGUGAAACAAAGCACUUAUCUUUAUCUUCGGAAUCGAAUACGUUGCCAUUAUUAAUAUUGUUAUUGACAUCAUGUGAAACAAAGCACUUAUCUUUAUCUUCGGAAUCGAAUACG